UCAUGAAAUUGUUGAACAAGAAAUUUCUUCUGCUCCAAAGACCGAGGACAAAUCUCCUGAAAUUCCAAAACGUGACGACAGUGUUCCUAAAGCUAUCAGUCCAAUGGAGAAGGAGAGCCCGGAAGAACCUGAAGUGUCUCCUAAAGUCGAAGAGGUCGUGGUGAAGGAGACCAUUCAUGAAAUUGUUGAGAAAGAAAUUCCCACUCUUCCAAAGAUCGAGGACAAAUCUCCUGAAAUUACAAGACCUGACGACAGUGUUCCUAAAGCUAUCAGUCCAAUGGAGAAGGAGAGCCCGAAAGAACCUGAAGUUCCUCCUAAAGUCGAAGAGGUCGUGGUGAAAGAGACCAUUCAUGAAAUUGUUCAGAAAGAAAUUCCCACUGCUCCAAAAACCGAGGACAAAUCUCCUGAAAUUCCAAAACCUGACGGCAGUGUUCCUAAAGCUGUCAGUCCAAUGGAGAAGGAGAGCCCAAGAGAACCUAAAGCCUCUCCUAAAGUCGAAGAGGUCGUGGUGAAGGAGACCAUUCAUGAAAUUGUUCAGAAAGAAAUUUCUUCUGCUCCAAAGACCGAGGACAAAUAUCCUGAAAUUCCAAAACCUGACGACAAUGUUCCUAAAGCUGUCAGCCCAAUGGAGAAGGAGAGCCCAAGAGAACCUAAAGCCUCUCCUAAAGUCGAAGAGGUCGUGGUGAAGGAGACCAUUCAUGAAAUUGUUAAGAAAGAAAUUCCCACUGCUCCAAAAACCGAGGACAAAUCUCCUGAAAUUUCAAAACCUGACGACACUGUUCCUAAAGCUGUCUGUCCAAUGGAGAAGGAGACCCCGAAAGAACCUGAAGUUCCUCCUAAAGUCGAAGAGGUCGUGGUGAAAGAGACCAUUCAUGAAAUUGUUCAGAAAGAAAUUUCUUCUGCUCCAAAUGUCGAGGACAAAUCUCCUGAAAUUCCAAAACCUGACGACAGUGUUCCUAAAGCUAUUAGUCCAAUGGAGAAGGAGAGCCCAAGAGAACCUGAAGUCUCUCCUAAAGUCGAGGAGGUCGUGGUGAAGGAGACAAUUCAUGAAAUUGUUCAGAAAGAAAUUCCCACUGCUCCAAAGACCGAGGACAAAUCUCCUGAAAUUUCAAAACCUGACGACAGUGUUCCUAAAGCUAUCAGUCCAAUGGGGAACGAGAGCCCGGAAGAACCUGAAGUGUCUCCUAAAGUCGAAGAGGUCGUGGUGAAGGAGACCAUUCACGAAAUUGUUGAGAAAGAAAUUCCCACUCUUCCAAAGAUCGAGGACAAAUCUCCUGAAAUUACAAGACCUGACGACAGUGUUCCUAAAGCUGUUGGUCCAAUGGAGAAGGAGAGCCCGAAAGAACCUGAAGUCUCUCCUAAAGUCGAAGAGGUCGUGGUGAAGGAGACCAUUCAUGAAAUUGUUAAGAAAGAAAUUCCGUCUGCUCCAAAGACCGAGGACAGAACUCCUGAAAUUCCAAAACCUGACUACAGUGUUCCUAAAGCUGUCAGUCCAAUGGAGAAGGAGAGCCCGAAAGAAUCUGAAGUCUCUCCUAAAGUCGAAGAGGUCGUGGUGAAGGAGACCAUUCAUGAAAUUGUUGAGAGAGAAAUUCCCACUGCUCCAAAGACCGAGGACAAAUCUCCUGAAAUUCCAAAACCUGACGACACUGUUCCUAGAGCUAUCAGCCCAAUGGAGAAGGAGAGCCCGAAAGAACCUGAAGUCUCUCCUAAAGUCGAAGAGGUCGUGGUGAAGGGGACCAUUCAUGAAAUUAUUCAGAAAGAAAUUUCUUCUGCUCCAAAAAUCGAGGACAAAUCUCCUGAAAUUCCAAAACCUGACGACAGUGUUCCUAAAGCUAUCAGUCCAAUGGAGAAGGAGAGCCCGAAAGAACUUGAAGUUGCUCCUAAAGUCGAAGAGGUCGUGGUGAAGGAGACCAUUCAUGAAAUUAUUCAGAAAGAAAUUUCUUCUGCUCCAAAGAUCGAGGACAAAUCUCCUGAAAUUCCAAAACCUGACGACACUGUUCCUAAAGCUCUCAGUCCAAUGGAGAAGGAGAGCCCGAAAGAACCUGAAGUCUCUCCUAAAGUCGAAGAGGUCGUGGUGAAGGAGACCAUUCAUGAAAUUGUUAAGAAAGAAAUUCCCACUGCUCCAAAGACCGAGGACAAAUCUCCUGAAAUUCCAAAACCUGACGACACUGUUCCUAAAGCUGUCAGUCUAAUGGAGAAGGAGACCCCGAAAGAACUUGAGGUCUCUCCUAAAGUCGAAGAGGUCGUGGUGAAGGAUCACUCAAAAUCAGGUAGUGACUUGGAGAAGGAUACUUUGGGCUCUUCAAGUUCAAAAGAAAUUGUGAUUAAAAAGGACGUCCGUAAUGAAAUUGAAGAAGAUAUUUCUUCUACUUCAAAGUCUGUGACAGGUUCAUAUAAGUUUGACAAUCUUUAUGAUGAUAAAUUGACCAAUAUAUCUGAUUCUGAGGUUUUCUUAGGUCACGACAGGGGUCAAGUUAGGUUAGAGUCAGUCUUAUCAGAAUCUGAAAAGAUGACUAAUACUGUUCAGAGAGAGUCUUCAGUAUGUAUAUCGGAGUUGAAAAGUGAAGUUUUUGGUGGUACUAGGAUUUCGGUGAAAGAAAGUUUGGAUAUUGAAAAGAUAUCUUGUGAAGAGCAGUUUUGUUCUUCAAUUGAUAUAAAAGAUGAGGUGACGCCAUUGCGUUUAAAAAUUGAGAAGAAAGUCCCUGAAAUUACAGAGAUUGUGGAAGCAAAGUCUCCUAGUCCUUCAAAAUCACCACUGAAAGAUCCUGUUGAAUUCCAUGAUGUUAUUCAAAUUCCUCUUGAAUCAACAUUUGUAAAACCAUCGCAAUCUUCAGAAGAGCUUUUGACAAAAACAGGUGAAAUUUUUGAAAUAUGUGAUACGCACCCAUCUGAAUCCGUGACUGAGAUUAUAGAACUGCCAGCACACUCAUUUACUGACCAACAAUUCAUUAAAGAUAUUGAACACACGAAAGAAAUAGACCCCGAAACUAACACAGGACAAACUAAAGAUUCCGAUUCCCUUGUUCCUCAACCUGAAAUUGAUUUUAUUCCCCUGAAUAAAAUUCAUUUGUCAUCUGUGGAUGUUUCGUCGCUGGCCUCAAGUGUCCUCCCAUCGUCUGUCGUAUCAGAUGCUGCGGAAGGAUCAGACGUGGUGUUACAAAGAAGUCCUGAGAGGAAAACAAGGCGUUCGCGAACGGAGGAUACUAUUGGACUUGGUGAGGAUUUCUUAAGAACCGCCAAAGAGUUUCUUGAGGAUGACUCACCCCAGCUGACUGACGUGACGUCCUCAUCUAUGACAAAUGUGACAGACCGUAUAGAAUCAUCCCUAGAGACAGACUGGACUGUAGAUGAAGACUCAACAGGACAAACCGCGGCAAAAUCAGUUGGUCAAACUUAUGAAUCUGAAAAAACAUUGCAAGUUACUACUCAAAUUCGUUACGAAUCUGAAAAGUCAAUGUCCCCUUCUGAUAACGCAGCUUCGGAUAUUUCUAAUGAGUCCAUGAGAAAAUGUGUUAGCAACCUUCCACAUGAUAGUGAUUCUAGUUGCGAUGUUCCCAAAUUUAAGACAUCAUCUAGUGAUGAAAAACUAUUGUCUUCUGCUCUUGAAGACUUUCACCAUCACAUUAUUGAGAAAACCCAAAAAGUAGAGUCUUCAUCUCCUCUGAGUGAUCUUACUGAAUGCACUGAAAGCGUUUCUGCCGUUGAAUCCAUAAUUGAGGGAGUGGCAUUAGAUAAAAAGGAACUGUGUAAAAGAAUUAAAAGUGUAGAAAAUAUAGAUAAAUCACAGAAAACUGAGAAAAUAUCCCCUAAGGAAGAGAAAGAAACAAUAAUUGAGAAAAUAGAGAAGGUUAAGGAAGGUCCUAGUUUGAAAAAGAAGGAAGUCAAAACUGUAACAAAAACAAAACAAUUGGUUGAUUCAAAUAAGAUCAAGGAAAAGUCUGGUAAAACUCAAAAAAUUGAUGUUGGAAAAUCAAGUACAAAGAAAAUUCAUGUUAGUCGUAAGACUGAAGAUGUUUCUGUUUCGUCCUCAACCACAAGAACAACUACAGUUACUUCGGGAAGAGUAUAUGGCUAUAUGCAAUCUACACUGUCUCGCGAUCAAAAAAUCGGCAAAGCAAGUGCCAUUCCUGAAAAACGGGUUCACACACCAACACGAUCCGUAUCAAGAAGUGAAACUCCAAGAACGCCUGUGAAAAAGGUUGAAGUUAAAAGUCGAGUAGAAUCGUUCAGAUCUCAAACUCCAGAUACAAAAGCUGAGAAGAAGAUAGAUCGUAAGAAAGAUAAAAAGAUUGAAGAUACUCGAAAGACAAGUGAAAGUUCAGAGAAGAAAGUGUUAAAAGUAAAGAAAACUCCUCCGCCUUCUGUGUCGAGUGACGAGAAUAGGAAGUCAGUGACCAAAGCCAGUGUAACAUCAAAAGUUGCUACAAUUAAAAGUAAUAAGGAUACGAAAAAUCUUAGUCUCAUUCCUGUACGAAAGUCCAAAAGUGAGAUGAAGAAGAAAGAUGCAGGAAAUGUAUCUCAGGUAAAAAUCAAGAAAGCUACAUCAACGACCACAAAAAUCACAUUGCAAUCGUCAAGUGAUGAAGAAAAAAUAAAGAAGGGUGAAAAGGUUAAGCGAAGCUCCCCUCAGGAGCCAAAACGAACUCUCAAGAGAGCUGAAUUGAAGGAGAAACUCUUGAGUCAAGAAGCUCGCAGAGAAGCACGAAAGAUUGGUCAAGAAAUUGAUUCAUAUCGUAGUCAAUCUGCCCUUCCAUAUACCCAUAAAGAAUAUGUAAGUCGUGAGAAAUCUCCUGCAUCCCUCCCAUCCAGUCCAAAUCAUCUUCGUCGAACUAUUCAAAAUGGUAGUCAAGUGAUUACAAGUGAAGUAUUCACGCGUACUGUUGAUUCCUCCCGGUCCAUUGAAGUAAUCUAUCGUCAACCAUCUACGUCCAAUGUCGAUCUCGUGCGGAGGCUCAAUGACUACAAGUACAACGAUGUGGAUGUGAGUUUUAUAGAGACGACAGACUCUAGUCUGUCGGACUCUAUUGCUCUUCCAUCCUCAUCGUCUGAUCAUGAAACUGAUGGGUUUGGCAAGUGGAAGCGUUCAUGCAGUCCAGCUUCGCCAAAACCCACCAAGAGAGCCCUGCAAAUGCUCGAACACAAAAUUGGACGAAAAAGUGAAACACUGAUUACAAGUACAAUUGAAGAUGAGGAGGAAUCAGUUGCAACAACAGAAGCAAGUCAUGUUGAAAUAGGGAAAGUUGCAGAAGGUCCUGUGUCUGUUACUCAAGUGGCUGGUGUUACCCAGGAGAGUCGACUCUCACCUAUCCUUGCCUUUAAAGCUGUCACACCGCCCCGUAUGAAGCACAAGUUCGACUAUGAGAGCCACGAUACCAAAGAUAAGAAAGGCGACUCAAAAGAACAUCGUGAUUCUGAAUUGUCGGACUCUGACAGUCUCAAAGAGCCAAGAAGAGACCCUGACACACUACCAAAACCAACGCCUAGAUUAAGUAAAUCAAUAACAGAAGAGUCAGGUGAGGUGAGUUCAUCUGUGGCCACCGAAGAGGUCGCAGAGAAGACAUUCAGUGAGAAAAAAGUUUUUUGGGAAUCAUUGGAGAGUCCCAAAGAUGGUGAAAAGUUACUCGAAGAGGUGGCCAAAGGGGCCCGAGCUGCACCAAUUCCAAAGCCACGUGUUCAGCUUAGUACAUCCCUAUCGAAAGGGGAGGAGUCAUCUGAGGCCCCUAGCCUCAGAGAGGACACCAAAUCUGAAAAAUCAGAAAUUUCAUCUGAACGUCAUGUCGAAUAUGGAGAGUCUGAUAGUGCAAGAUCUAUUACAGAAUCGAAAAGUGUAGGAAAAGAAGAAGAUUCCAUAAUGACUGAGGAACGUCUCGAUGAUGAAAGCUUCCCAAUUAGUGAACGUCUUGAUUACUCUGACAAACGAGAUGAAGUUGAAGAUAAGACUGAAUGUGUCGAAGAUGAUCACAAUCUCAUAAAAACAGAUGAUGAAUCAGAGACUGGGGAAACAAAGCAAGCUAAAUUCUAUAUCGGAGAAUCAAGUACCAAUAUCAUCACAAAGAGUCAGACUGAACGUAGAAGUGACUUUGCCUUCGAUAAUGAUGGAUUCCGCACUACCGAGGACAGUAUGACGAUGGAAGAAGAAACGUCUAUUUCAAAAACCGCCACCUCUAAACUCGAAAAAGACCAUCGAACAACUGUAGAGAAGAGUGAAACUGAGAUAUCUGAGAAAAUUCGAUAUGCGUCUGUCAACGUAGACAAAAGUAUUGAGAAGAUGGAAGAAUCGAAGCAAGAACAGACAACUGAAGUGAUUGAGAAAGCUUCAGUCGUUCAUUCACCUAUCAAACCAUAUCAAAGUCUUGUUGAUUUUGAGACUCCAGUUCCAGUACAGGAAGAUGUUGUAACAACAGCCAAAGCCACUGCUGUGGAUGUUGUAAUUGAUGACCAUAGGAAGCAAGCAAGUAUUGAAAGUGUUACUGAAUCUCAGUCCCUCAAAGAAUCCUCAAAAAUUAUGUCAACGUCACCGCAUUCGAUUACAACAAUCUCAUCAAUCUCAACAUCAGUUCAACAAGCAAAGUCUGCUGAUGAAGUUGUCAUGGAACAGACUUUGGCAGAAGUGAGAGAAUCUCUAGAUGCAGUACAAGAAGAACUGAUUGAAACAGUGAAAGAUGGAAAGCUAAUUAAGCAAAGUCCUUCUGAAUUUGAAUUUAAAGUUCUUCCAAACAUUAAGUAUACCGAGGAAACAAUUCAUGAAUCAUAUCAGGAAGACUCGUCACACGGUGAUGUAUCCUUGGGAGAGAAAAUUGUGGAAAAAGCCGUAUCUCAAAAACGCGAUGAACCUCCAAGUGGAAAGAUUGAAGAUGCUUCUUCAUCCCAACAAUCAUCAGCGGAAGAUUCAUCACACAGACUAGACGUCAUUCAACGGAAGCAUAAAGAUCACAGAGGUCCCCCUUCAAAUCGUUGGUCUGCAACUGAUCCUGACAACUACUCCAGUUCUGAUAGUCACUACCAGAGCUUCGAGAAGACGGAAAGUCGACCAGCGUCAUCAGAUGUGGAAAAUUUACUCACAUCUGAAUAUCAGACCGCCCUAGAUAAUUCCUUUAGGCCUGGUUCGACAGAAUACCAUAGUGCAGUUAGCACACUUGAGUACAGUGCAGGUACAACGAUCAGUUCCCAUGAGAGCAUGAAGAGUUUCGAUUCCGAAAGCUCUGGUCAUAUGGCGAGCGUUGAGGUGUCUGAAGCAUCAGAAACUUUGAUACCAUCAACCAUGGACUUGGAAAUGGAGACAUCUGAACCGGAGACGGAAGAUGGUGAUGGAAAAUAUGGAAGUUUAGAGGAGAAGGGAGGAACGAUUUUGCUCGAAUUUGACGAUCGCAGUGAACCAAUUUCUGGUGGAAGUAUGAAAAGAUCACAAGAAAUGACUUUCCAACCAGAACCAAAGCCACUGUAUCAUCUUGAAUCACCAGAAACAACAGAAAAAGAAGAAUUGAAGACUAGUGCUACUGAAUCUGCACGAAUUAUGACAACAAGCGAAGAGAUAAAGAUAUCAGGAAGUGGAAGCUAUGAUGAUACGAGAUUUGCUUCAAGUUUAGAAGAUGGAAGUAUCUUAUCAGUGAGCCUCUCUAGUGCUUCUUGCGUGGAGACUGUGAUGGAAAAUGCUCCUGAGGGCUUUGAUAUACCAUCCUUAAGUGGAUCGCUUACAGGAAGCUAUGAACUUCACCAUAAACUCACUGAUGACAUUAUAGCAACAAGCUUUGAAGAGUCUGACUUGACCUUCCGACCAGACGAUAUUGUUCUUACUUCAUCUACUGUUAUGGAUGAUGUACGAAGUGCUACGACAGAUUCUCGAGAGAGUCCAGACCAAAGCAAAAAAUCUGUUAAAGGACACAAGAGAAAUGACAGCACGAGCUUUGCAUCAUUCAAGGGAUUUGAUUCAGGAAGCAAACAACCUUCCGAUGAACUUGAUGAUCUCGACGAAGAAAUGAUUAUUCACGAACAAGAACCCCAUAUUCAGGUCCUCAGAGAUACAUUAAUCACUGAAGAUCAGAGGGGUAGUGGAUCAGACUCAGACUAUGAUAGGUAUGAAACUGAGUAUUCCAGAGCAUACAAAACCCCUGCAGAAUUAGGUUCAAAAAAGGGUAAACGUGCAGCUGAGAUGAAAACAGAGACUUUUGAGAAGGAUAUGGAUAUAAAAAGAUCAAGAUCGCCGUCACAGUCCAUCAUUGAGACAAUUGAAGAGGAUGUUACCGCUGAAGCGGAAUUCAGUCAACUUGAAACACAACAAACUCUUAAGCAAGUUUCACAAAAUCUACAAGAUUAUUCAAACGUUCCCAACAUAACGAUCACCGAUGAUCCUAAUAAAUAUGUGAGUGAUGAUGAGGAUGAAGUUGUGUUACCUUCUGCACCACCAGCAUCACUCACAGACACACCCAAAGCUGAGGUUGUACCAAAAUCUCCAACUGAGGAACAAAAAGUUCAGUAUGCUCAACAAAGGGAGUACAAAAUGACAGAAGAACAGUAUGAAGAGCUUCUUGAAAGACAAUCCAAAUCAAAAAUUACCGAUCCUGUUCCAACGUACAGUUUUGAGGAAGCUGAAAAAGAUCUAGCUCGUGGAGAUUCUCCAGGAAGUGAUUCUUUUGAAAUGCUAGAACAACCAGAUAUUUCUGAUGAAUUUGUCAUCAUUGAAGAGGUUGCUAAGGAAGCCAAUGAAAUGAUGACAGAGGGAAAAAGUGUGAAGAUUACACCAAUGAAGUAUGAGAAGAAACAUGAUGAAGAUGUUGAGAAAUAUAUAGUACAUUCAGCUCCUGCAGAUCCCAAUGCAGGUUCUAUUAUCUACGGCGAUGUUCAUGAUCGCGAACAAAUAGGUUUCGAUUUUGAAGAGAGUCCUCCACAAGAUGGGGAUAAAACUGGUGAUGAUAAGGAUCCCAAUCUAGAUGCUAACAAGCGUUGGGUUGAAAUGCAAUUGGCGGAUAGUGCACAGAAUUUGCGGUAUCCUUAUGAUAUGGAACGUGGAGUAUUGGAAGACAUCAAGGAAGAGGAUACAGAAUUAGAAGUAGGUAGUAGUAGGAUUAGUAGUUUUAAGGACUCCUUCUCCAGUACUCCUGAGUACGAUGUACUGGCUGGAAGAAAAUGUUUUGCAAAAGAGCAUGAUGAUAUCUCAAUGAGUAGUUUGCAGGAGUUUGAAAGUUUGGAACAAGCAAUCUCAUUAGAAAAUAGACGACAACAUCAAGGAUCUCAAGAUUCAUUGUCAAAUGGAAGUUUCCCUAAGAGAUAUCUAGCUCGAAGUGCAGAAGGUGAUGGUAUUUCUCUAUCGAGUCUGAAGGAGUUUGAGGGAUUGGAGAAUGCCUGCUUGGAAGCUCAUUUGCUAGAGAUAAAGGCUAAAGAGGAAGCAGCCUUGCUUCUCUCUCGAUCAGAUGAAUCUAGCAAGUCUGAUGGAUCUGGGAAAGGUGGUAAAUCAGCCAGCCCAGAAACCAAAGGAACAAUUACAACUGUUACUACUGUAACCAAGACAUCUAAUGGGUCUACAAAAGUAGUGACUACGUCUGGUUUUCAGAUUCAACAGAUAUCUGGAGGAAUAGAUUCAAUUUUGAAGCACAAAUUGGAUGAGAUUGAAGAUGAGAGUCUUCCGUCGAAUCUCAUGGAAACAUCUACGGAUAGUUUGGAAGCGAUGAAAUCUAAAACAGGGACAAGUGGCUCAAGACGUGAUAGCGUGGAUAGUUUGGAGAUCAAUAAAAGUGGCGUAGACCUUAUGACAAGUAGUAUGGAUUCACUUGAAUUAAUGAAAGAAGGGAUCACAGCUAAGUCAUCACGAUCAGAUGCUGAUUCGAUUGAACAAGUCGUUCCAGCAGCUGUGAAGAGUGACAGUACAGAUUCAAUUGAACAGCAACAGGCGGGUUCAAACAGAUUCUCACAGCAGUAUGAAGAAGAUUCAAUUGAGGAGGAUACCCAUGUUACACAGACGACAGUUAUGAGUUCUUCCGGACAGCAUCAGAUGACUACAACCACAACAACCACUACAGUCACUCGAACUGGAGGUCCUCAGAGUUUCGGUGCCAUUCCCAAGGAUAUCUCAAGUGAUUCACUGAAUCCAGUUGAAGGAGAUCUUCUUCUUACCAGUAGUGAAAGUCUCGAUCAAUACACCAGUUCUACUGCAACAAAUGCCACCUAUCAGACUGAUCGUGAUUCCCAAAUGUCAGGGAGUAUGACCAGUUGCGAUUCCAAUACGAUGAUUGAUACAUUGGACUCAAAUGUGGCGGAAUACUAUAGCAGUCAGGGCCCCUCGCCAAUGUUCUUUGAGGAUCGCACCAUCUUAAGUGGCGUUCCACGGCGCGAUGCCACACAAAAGGGUGAUCAUUUACUCUUCGAUCCCUACGAUCCCUUCGAGAGUCAAUCUGACCGAGAAUGAUCGAGACAUCAGCAAGGUGAAUCCUCUGGACCGGAAAUACGAGAGUUGGACAAGGACAAGGAAAGGG